AUGCCUCCCAAAUUACGCGGUUCCUUAUCAAGGAGUCUGUGGCGUGCUCAGGACGCUGCACCAGACCUCUAUUGUCCGUCCUGCGCAAUCUUCAGACGAACGCUUUCUACGCGUCGGCCCGCCAGCACGUCCGACGGAAAUCGUCCUUCGGCGUGGACUUCUCCUCGCGUGCCCACCACAUCCUCCGUGAUACAUUCGGGAAGACAUGUACCGCCUCGUUUAAGGGAUCUCUACGAGGCUUUGAGCCAAGUGAAGGAUGUUGCGACGGAGCAGGUCAAUCUGAGUCGAUUGCAGCUUGCGUUGCGGGGGGUUGGAGUCGGAAGUGCCUCAGAUCCGAGUGGCUGGUGGCCCCCCCGGGAAAACUGGGAGGAUGCACUGGAUGCCUACGAUGCGGAUUCUUCACGAGGAUUAUUAAUUCGAUAUGGGGAAGUGUCCGAAACCAUCCCGAAUAACCUCCUCCCGACUAUUUCGGUUCCGUCCUCGAUUCUGAAGAAAGGCAACCUUGAAAUUCUGGUCUCGAGUCUCGGUACGGAGACGGAACUCCCAGGCGCCCAGUUCACGGCAGAUACUUUCCUCGUGCCCACCGUGACGAUCCAAACCUCGCAUUCCGGGCGACAUAACAUGGUGCGGUACCCAGUGCAUAGAGCCAUUGUGUGUGGCCGUGGCGUGGACGGUUUGCUUGCGUAUAGUAAUCUGAUCGCUCGAUCGGAUUUGAAGAAAGAGAAAAAGUCCGUUUACGGAGCAAUUGAGUUGGCUGUCUCUGAUUCCCGGAAGAGCAAUGAUCGUAUCGCCUUUGUGGAUAUGGAUCAAGCUGAGGAAGCGCUGGAGAAAUUCCGCGAGUCCGUCCAAAAUGCGUCGCUUUAUGAAAGGGGCUGGAACAGCAGUGGUGUACAGCCGGUUGUAGAUUGGCUGUCCUCGUUACGGGGGAAAAAGGGUAACCUAGAUCCUUCCUUACGGUCACUGAUCACGUCUUUGGUUGAUGCCGCAGAGCUGGGCGUCAAUGCCGAAGAGUCAAAGAAGUAUCAGGAGCAGCAAGAGGGGACAGUCUCUGACCCGGCCCGAGGGUCUUUGGACCGCUCGGUCACUGAGUGGGCAGAGAGAGCUCACUCCGAGCUCCGCAGCUCCCUUGAGGAGGGAUUCGCCAGCAAGCAAUGGAAGGGACUAGCGUGGUGGAAGCUAUUCUGGCACGUUGAUGAUGUGAGUAUGAUCACGUCUGAGAUUCUAGAGAAGAAGUAUUUGCUGCGGGCAGAGAGAGAGGUCAUUUGGACUGCGGGCAAGUUCCAGCAGGCUGGGCUUUUGGGUGAGCCCCAGCAAGAGAACGGAGUGGUUGCCUCUGACCCAGCAGCGGAACCAACAAAGGAUGAUGAUUCCUCUCCUAGCCCUGUCGCCUGUCCCGCGACCACAGACAUCCCCUGGCCGACUCAGAUCAGCGCAAGCCGCACCCGGCUGCUAGAGACGAAAGUACCUUCCCUGCAAGCGCUGGCGCAGGGUCUCGUAGCUUUCAGCGUCACGACUACAUCGCUGGCUUCGGUCCUGUCUGCGCUGACAUACGUCUCCUUCCCAGCAACGUCGGUAUAUGAGACCUGCACCAUGGCCGCCGUAGGGCUGAUCUACUCCCUCCGACGACAACAACGGAAGUGGGAUUCUGCCCGAACUUUCUGGGAGAAUGAGGUCCGUGAGGAUGGGCGUACGGCCCUGAGAGAGACGGAGGAGCAGCUGCGAACCUUGGUGCAGGAAGGUGGAAGACGCUUCGAAGAUGUGUCGGAGACCCAUGCCAGAGAGACCAUCGAGCGGGCGAAAAAAGCGCUCAAGGAUAUGAAAUAA